ACGUAUUAUGUACAUAUGUACAAUACGUAUCUUUUCUGCGCUAGGUACCUAAGUCGUCCUGGUGAUAACGCGGUUUGUUUUGUCCACUUCCCAAUUCAGCCGUGAUUUAAUCGAUAUCUCAACUUUUUACUUAAACACAUUAAACUAUCACGAUUGACUUGAAAUCCUCCAACAAUUGUAAACAAUAACAAUUAAGAAUAAAAUCACUGUACAUUAAAUAUCCACGAUGCUUCUCGACGAGGAUCCCGCUACUCUCAUCCACCAUACAAUCAACAAUUUCAAUAUUGCCCCAGACAAACUCGCCGUGUCACGAAUCAGCGACUCGCUGUCUACACUGAAACAAGCGCGAGAACUCCGUAUCAAAGAAGCCGAAUCGUCGUUGAAAAAACUCGGCCGUUCCCUUAAUACUCUCCAAGCGCAACAUGAAGAACUCACAUCACAACACUCAUCAGCUGCACACGCGUCCGAGAUCUCGCGCCUCGAUACACAGAAAUUCCGCAUCGCAAAGGCCGUCUCCGAUCUAGAGAUGGAGGCAGAGCGCCUGUCCUCGCAGCAGGCCGAUCUAGCGGCGCGUUUACAAGAGCUGGAACUCCAAGGACUAGAGGGAUCGCCCGAAGAGGCGGCAAAGAGAAGAGAUCCGGUCGAUGACGAGGUAUUGCUGCGCUUAAAGGUGUAUCGAAGCCUAGGCAUCGAGCUGGAACGGGACGAGAAGGACGGCGAGUUCUCUAGGGCCAUUGUGCGUAACGAUCGCAAGGGCGAUGUUCAUGUGAUAAACAUGGACAAGAAGUUCUCGCGCUUCUUCUACGCUAAUUAUUUCUGGCAAACGCUCUAGGAUGGUGACGGCUUCGGCAGAGUUUUCAACUUAAAGGGGUUACUUAUGUGGGAUGAACUUUAUUUGUGAAGGUUUACUUGCCGCACGGUGUUAGGCGUUUUUUAGGUUGGUGGAAUACCACAAUUUA